CAAUGUAUUCAGUGCAGGGGCGACAUUCGCAGCGGCAACGAAAGCGACAGCCAUAAACACACACCCGCACACACACAGAGAGAGGGAGAUACACACACACACACACACAGACACAGACACUCGCUUAGCAGUGCAUUUAGCAGGCGAAGUCCCGCCCUGCCGCAAGCCAGUUCAAGUCUAGCGCACAGUUCCGCCGGAAAUGGCCAAAUUAGUGACUUACAUCUUUAUCGCCAGCUCGCUGUUGCUCUGGUAUCUGCUGCUCUUUGGCGGCUCCAGAGCUGGCAGCAGCAGCAUCCUGCUGGGCGCCGAGGCAACCAAUGGCCAUGGCAGCCAGCUGGAGGGACGCGAUUUUCAUCAUCAUGGCGGCAGCCAUCACAUACGACGCAACAUCAAUCACUGCUGGCGGCGCUACGAUGGCUACAAUCUACAGAACACCAUCGUCAACAAGAAGGAGCAGCUGAAGAAACCGUAUGGCAUUCUGUGCAACUUCAAGUGCACUUGGUUCUUUACAAUAAGCUAUCCCACUUGCGAAUUCAUCUACGACUACAAGUUAUCCUGCGUCCUGUUCACUUCACUGCCCGAUUGCACCAACGUCAAGUGCACGCUCUUAAACUAUUUCAGCUAGAUGCUAGCGUAGAAUACCCUAGCUAUUGGCCAGCCCGCGGGGUAUAUUGGGCCCCGUCUCGGUUGGUCGGUGAGUUAAAUAUAUUGUUAGCUAUUGUACUCAAUUUCUAUU